AUGGGAGAUAUCAUUGUGUCAACAAAAAAGAAAGAAAACGGAGGGGGGCCUUCGACCAUCAAAUGUCCGAUGCUUACUGCCACAAAUUACACAGUUUGGGCUAUGAGAAUGAAGAUUACUCUUAAGGUGCAUAAGGUCUGGGAAGUCAUCGAAUCAGAGACAACGGAAGGCGAGAGAAACGACAUGGCCACAGCCUUGUUGUUUCAGUCCAUCCCGGAGGCACUGAUUCUACAGGUUGGCGAUCUUAACACCGCUAAGAAGGUAUGGGAUGCCAUUAAAGCACGGCAUAUGGGAGCUGAACGAGUAAGAGAAGCGAGACUUCAGACACUAAUGGCCGAAUUCGAUCGACUAAAGAUGAAGGAUUCCGAAACCAUUGAUGAUUUUGCAGGGAAACUUUCAGAAAUCUCGUCAAAGUCGGCGGCCUUAGGUGUUGAAAUCGAAGAACCAAAGAUGGUCCGAAAAUUUCUUAAAAGUUUGCCUCGCAAGAAAUAUAUUCAGAUUGUUGCUGCUCUAGAACAGGUUCUGGAUCUCAACAAAACAAACUUUAAAGAUAUAAUCGGACGUUUGAAAGCAUACGAAGAGUGUGUUGCUGAAGAAGAAGAAACAGAGGACGAUCACGGGAAGUUAAUGUAUGCAAACUCUGAAGCGAAAAACGGUCAAACAAAUCACAGUCCUUACAAUGGAGAUAACUACAGAGGCAGAGGUCGUGGAGGACGCUUCUAUAGGGGAAGAGGACGAGGAAGAUACAAUGGAGAGAGAUACAUUACCGAAAGAGAUGCAUCGAGGGUAACAUGCUAUAGAUGUGACAAGCUAGGGCACUUUGUCGCAGACUGUCCCGAGCUUAAGCUAAAGCUACAAGAAGCUCAUGAAACUGAUAACACCGAGACGCAAACCGCCGAGUAG